AUGCGUCCAGGACUACGUAGUAACGAGCAACCAGGUCAAGACGAUGCUGCGUCACUUCCCUCACAGUCAUACCCAAGCUCGGAUUCGGAAGAAAACUAUGCACCCCCUUCCAACCGACGAGGACGCCAAACCCGUGGUGCCCAGCGAGGAGGCCAUACUGGAUCAUCUGUUGCGCGUGUUGGACGUCAAAAGCGAACUAGAACAAACGAUGAAAACGAACUCCCCCCCAACGAUACUGACAUCACAAUGCCGGAUCUCACUGAUGAAAUCAGUCUUGAGUCUGGUGAAUCAGUCGCUCGCCCGACUCUUGACAACUUUCAUGAACUUGGGGUCCAGUGGGGGGCAGUACGCGCAGAAGAAGUCUUAUCUAGUGCCUCAAUUCCCAAAAACAACCGGCCUUCGGCAACAGGCGUCUUUGAAGCGCAGGCUUUGCAAGCAGCCUACCAGUUGGACAAGACCAUGCUAUGCAUAGUACUCAAAUGCAGUCGGCAUGUACUCGACGAGGCCUUAUUGGAAGGGCCGCUGGCUCGUGAACCCAACGCAUACACCAACUAUCAAAAGUACAGUAUACCAGCCACCACUACCCAGAUCCCAGCAAAGGGAGUAUCUGAAGGGUUUGGUGAGCGAAACACUGUUGUCGGCAACACCUGGUCUACAUACCUGGAAGACGAGCAGAAAGUGUUCAGCCCUGAACUUUUCGAGCGAUUGUGUGUCACCACAAGCGAAGCUUACGCACUAACUCAAACACCAAGGGGAAUACCUUCUGUCGCAGAUCAAGACACGUCCAAAGCACCAGCCCAACCAAAAUCAAGCUUUAAACCGCUCAGCAAUGAAGAGGUGACUACUUAUGUUCCCAUAUUCAAGCGCCUCGUCAACCUAAACAAAGUCUCAGGCGAUUUACACGAAGGUCGCCUCUGGAGACACAGUGCAAAAUUUCGCUGUCGGAGCCGGGAACAACUCAUGAAGCUCGAAAUCAGUAAGGUGGCCCGCCAGCUUCAUGUCUUGAAGAAUCAAUUCAACCUCCAAUUUCACCUGCUCCUAGCGUGCUGGAACCCUGAUACCUCAACAACUCAAGCGCUUUUUCAGGACGAGCACACAUCGUGCCAACGCUGGGUCCGUCAAGAGAAAAAGGUGCAUCUCCUCGAGCGCUUUUCCUUCGAGGCAACUAAGGCUCCCGAACACCUCCGUUCCACAGAACAAACGCUGGGCACGACCAAGGCCCUGUCCGCUGGUGCACAACGUCAAGCGGAAAAGCGGAUUCCGUUCCUCACUCGCGGUGUACCAGGUCAAAGUGACGCCCACCCAAAAGUCCCCAAGUUGAAAGAAGGAUUUGCUAGGAAGACGUUCCGUGGAGGAGUCAAACUGACUUUUCAUCAAACCCCAGAUAGUUUAGUCAGCGAUGAGAUGAUAGCCAAGGGCCCUAGUCGGUUGUCAAACGAAGAAGUCCAGCUAUGGCUUGACGACAUCAACUUCGAGCGAUACAAGAUCAUCAAGAUUGCAACAGACAGCAAAAGGAAAAGGAAAGAUGGUCUUACAGAAGCAGAAGCUGCACUUGACGAUGAAGAAACUGAACCUCAAGAGGGAUUAACUAAUUAA